AUGAAGCUCGCAACAGCGACAAUGGCGCUUUUGGCGCAGACGGCACUUUGCAGCACAGUCCUGCAGGCGCGAGAAGCCAAGGUCACAGCCGCUGCGGUGCUGCUGGACCGCCGGGCGCAAAAGGACCAGUGCAGCGAGGGCAAGACGGCAUGCGGCGACGGCAACGGGUGCUGUCCCCGGGGCUCGCGAUGUACGCAGAGCAAGGGUGUGGGCAUGUGCGCCGAUGCCUGCGAGGGGGCAACGCUCUUCUGCGACUUUGGGAAGGGUGUCAAACUGUGCUGCCAGCCCGGCGCGUCCUGCGACUACUCGCAGAGCCUGUGCACGCAGCACAACACAGAUUCCGGCGGCGUGUGGACGUCGUCGUUAACGUCUACCCCUUCGGGCGGGACGCCGCUGCCGACGGCACCCGUGUUCAGCAGCACGUCGGAUGGGGGCGCUUCAUCAUCUACCGAGUCAGCGACGACGGAGAGUUCGUCCGCGGCGGGGACACAAACGAGUCAAUCAGGCCCGGGUGCAACUAGCUCGUCGGCAUCGGCCAGGGACGGGUCAGGAACAAGCGGCGCCGGCGCGACGGCGACGAAGACGCCCAAGGGCAGCGGCAGCGCGAUCGUCGUGAGCUGGAGCGCCGGCGUGCUGGCGGUCGUGUUUGGUAUCAUGGCGGCACUGUAA